AUGGAUCUCCCGCGGUCGCCGCUCUUCCCCGACGCGGCGUUGGCCUUGUCGCCCGGCGGCGCCGACGACUGCCCGGCGCUCUUGCCGCAGUUGCCGCGCCUGCCCUUGAUUCUGACCUCCACGCUCCAGGUGUACGUGGUGCCCGCCGAAAAACACCUCUUUGUGCAAGGCUUCAAGCCCGCCGAGUACGAGACGCGCCCGCCCACGUUGCUCCGCGGCUCGCUCGUGCUCCGCGUGUCCAAGCCCAACAAGAUCCGCGCCGUCAGCCUCACCUUCAAAGGCACGCAGAAAACCGACUGGCCCGAGGGAAUCCCGCCCCGGCGCCACGUGUACGCCGAAACAAGGGACCUCGCCAACCACCUGUGGCCGUUCUACCACAGCGACGCGCACACGGCGGACUUUGGCGCCGCCCUCUCGCCCGUCAGCUCGUUUGUCGACCUUGCGACCGCCCGGUCCGCGCCGCAGAACGCGUCGGAGGCGCGCCCGGGCUACUUCCCGCCGGGCGACUAUGUGUACAACUUCGAGCACCCGCUCCCGGCGCUGUCGCCAGAGACCGUGCAGACGUCCUUCGGCUCGGUCAGCUACCACCUCGAGGCCAGCGUCACGCGGCACACCACGUUCAAGUCGCACCUCUCGGGGCGGCUCCCGAUCACCGUGGUGCGCGUGCCGUCCGACCACAGCGUGGAGGAAAACGAGCCCAUCGUCAUCGAGCGCGACUGGGAGGACCAGAUGCGCUACGAGAUCGUGGUGGCCAGCAAGUCCGUGGUGUUGGACUCGUACUUGCCCAUGUCGCUCAAGUUCGUGCCGCUCUUCGGCAAGGUGGCCUUGCACCGCAUCCGCGUGUACAUCACCGAGGACUGCAGCUACUCGUGCAGCAACAACUCCGUGCAGCGCACCGAGCCCUCGCGCAAGUACCUCUUGCUCGAGCACAAGGCCGGCAAGAACCAGUCGCUUCUCCUGGGCCCCGGCACGCUGCCCGCGGCCUUUGGCCCGCACGACGAGGUCUUGCCGCGCGAGUUGGAGUUCCAGAUGUUCGUGCCCUCGGCCGUCAACAGGAGGCUGGGCGACACGCUCCAUCCGGACACGGCCGUGGACGGCAUCCUGUGCCACCACUGGAUCAAGAUCUCCUUGCGCAUCUCCAAGCACGACCCGCUGCGCCCGGAGAAGCGCAAGCACUACGAGAUCCUGAUCGACUCGCCCAUCCACCUCUACUCGCCCUUGGCCGCGCACAACAACACGCUUCUCCCCGUAUACCACCGCGAGCCGGAUGCGCUUCCCACCUCGGCCGACCACGCCAGCCCCAUGCUCCGCGACGCCGACAUGCACCUCGACUCCAACUUGUACAGGCCGGCCAACGCCGAGGUCUUGAGCACCAUCGGCUCGCCGCAGGCCACGGCCCUCAGUCCCGCCGUGUCCCCGGUGCCGAGCCCGGGGCGCGGCCUGCCGGAGCCCUCCAUGGACCCGCCGCACUUCAGCAUCAUGGGCGUGGCCGACGACACCUUGCCCCCGGCCUACGAGGAACGCUCGCCGUCCGUGAGU